CGUCAAGGACUCUGCCUGACUCUGCCCGUUGCCACCUACUUUGCUUGUAAUUCGUAGGUUUUACACUGUAUUUCACUUCGUUGCAGUGCAAUCUGAAGCUUUAUUUUGUUUCUGUUUCUGUGAUAUAACAUACUAAAACAUCUGUAUGUGCUAUGAAAACUGAGUUUCAAGACUACAAAAAGUGAAGAAUAAUUAAUACCUUAAAAAAAAGAAAUUAAAGCAUAAAAAAUAACAAGAUGCAGACUAUAAAAUGUGUUGUGGUUGGUGACGGAGCGGUGGGCAAGACGUGCCUGCUGAUUAGUUAUACUACCAACAAGUUUCCUUCUGAGUAUGUGCCCACCGUUUUUGACAACUAUGCUGUAACUGUCAUGAUUGGAGGUGAACCAUACACACUAGGUCUCUUUGAUACUGCAGGUCAGGAAGAUUAUGACAGGCUGAGACCCCUAAGUUAUCCACAAACAGAUGUUUUCCUUGUAUGCUUCAGUGUGGUGAGCCCCAGUUCAUUCGAGAAUGUUAAGGAAAAGUGGGUACCAGAAAUCACUCAUCAUCAACAAAAGACACCAUUCCUGUUGGUGGGCACGCAGAUAGAUUUACGAGAUGACCCCGCCACUAUGGAGAAGUUAGCAAAGAUAAAGCAAAAGCCAGUGUCUCUGGAGCAAGGGGAGAAACUUGCAAAAGAGUUGAAAGCUGUCAAAUAUGUGGAAUGCUCAGCUCUUACUCAGAAAGGGCUGAAGAAUGUGUUUGAUGAAGCUAUCUUAGCAGCUUUGGAGCCUCCAGAGCCAGUCAAAAGAAGGAAAUGUGUUGUGUUGUAAUGUAAUGCAACAGCUCCCCAAUCAUGGCACACAGCCGGGCGAUCAUGAAACCCAUAUAAACUACCAUUUGUAAUGUUCAUCUUCUUUUUAUAAUCAUUACUAUUAAAUAUGCCAUAUAUUGAAUAACUAGCCAGGCUGUAAAGUAGUCUUGGGCCAAAUAAUCCUAUUUGGAUUUUUAAAAGAAGCAUCCCAGCACGCUCCCCAGGGCUUUCCAUUUAAACAUAGUUCGGCUCUUAUUUUAAUGAAAUUUUUAAAUAUGAUCCAGAAACUAAUAUCUGUCUUUGGUUUGCCGAAUUUCCAUAAAAAGUGCAGUUUUAAAGUUAACCAAACUCUUGUUUACGAACAGAAAUUUCAAUGAGUUUGAUUGUGGUUUGAUUUUAUAUUUAUUGAUAUUUAAAUGAAAUGAAAUGAUUUUUUUUAUUUGCAAAAAACAUUGUACAUAAGUAGGUGUUAACUUAAUUAUUUAUUAAAUAUAUUAAAUUUGUUUUAUUAAUUGACACGCAAAAAUUAUCACUUGUAUAAUGAUUUUAUUACUGAUCCAUUAAAAAUAGGUUGCUUUUUUACAGUUUCGAUAAUUGCAUUAAAUAUGCUCAAAGUACCUACAUUACAGGCAUACUGGAACACAUCGUUUUACAAUACCAUCGUUAUUUUAUCGUUUUAUCGUGAGUGAUUUCCAUUAUAAGUAUAGGUUGUACAUCUGUACGUAUUUAGUGGAUGUAAGCUUGACUAGUUUCGAAUCCAUCCGGUGUCCUUUUUCAGCCUCAACCGCAAUAUGCAGUGUGCUGAGUCUCUAUGAAAAAGGGGGGUAUGGGAUUGAAACUAUUCAGGCUUAUAUCAACUAGAUACGUGAGUGUAGCCCUAAGAACCUAUACCAUAAUCUCUAAUUUAUUUGUCUCAUUUUACCCCAUUUUUAAAAAAUGUACACAAAACUAAAAUAACAGAAAAAUUAGUUAUAUUAAUACCAUAAUUAUUAAUAAUCAAAAUAAAAUUUAAAGCUACAAAUAAGAGCCAAACUAUGUUUUCUUGGAGCUUGUAAGGAAUAAAUCCCUCUUAAUAAAAUGAAAUAUUUAUUAUGAAUAUUAAGUAACAUUUAAAGACCUAUUGUACGAGUUAUAAUAUCGAAAGUGGCAAAAUCGAUGCUCCUUUUUCUUUUUAAUGAAAUAUACAAAAGCACUACAAUUGAUACGUUUUAUCUAGAUUAAAAACUGUAUUAAAUUAAAAACGAUAUUUUGUAAUAUAGGUCUAUACAUAUAUAGGUUUAGAUUUUUUAAAUGUAACAUACAAAACAAUAAUUUAUCAUUUUGAUUUUAGUUUGGAUUUUGCUAUUUUUGAUAUUAUAUAAAUCAGUUAUUAAUAACAAUUUUAUAAGUCAUUUGUACCUAUAAUUAGCAUUAUAUAAAACCAUUUUGUACUUCAUGAUAUAUAUUAAAGUUGAUAGUUUAUGAAUUAAUUAUUAUUAACCAUGACUAUAUUCUUACAACAUGGAUAAUAUGCUUUUAAUAUGAAGACUUUAUUUACUAAUAUUUUCUGUCUGCAUACUUAUGAACUAAAUUAUGAAUAUUAUUAAGAGGCAAAUAAAUAUUUUAUAUAGUAAUCAACAAAUUGUAAUAUUUUCUAGUUGAAUGUUUUAGUCGCUGGAACAAUAUUUUUUAACUUACAACUGCUUUGCAUUUCAAUUAAGAAGACAAUUACUUUGUAACUUACAUUAUUGUGAAACUUUUACCACCAGCAAUUAAAUUCUUCUUUUGAUUAAAAUUUUAAUGUUUUUAUUUAUAUAUU